GAGGAGCUGGAUGGUGAGAGGGCGAGGCUGCCUUUCCUACUCCAAAAGAUUUCACACCUUCUUUUCCUUCCUUACCUGUGCAUAACAUAUUUCGCUUCUGAUGAAUACAUAUAACGAGCUCAUUCUUUACUUUGGUUCUCCUGACACCCUGCACAUCUGGGGUUCUCAUCAAAUUGUUUCAGAGCUCGUUUCAAUUAAGCUCGCAGUCAAAAUUAGUACCGAACAUCUGUUCCCACUACAAGUAACGACCACAGCCCCGACCACCACAAGCCCAGUCCUCCCUCUCCGCCCGCAUACGACACAUAGCAACAACAUCCCAUCAACCCCAUCCCCACAAUACCCCGCCCACCCCUUCCCCACCCUCCCCAGCGCAACCAGCGUAUCCGGUACCGUGCCGCUCGAAACCCACCGCGUCGAACAGUACAACUGCGCGCACUUCCGCACAUUCGCCAGCUGACCCCCGCGACCUUCACGCGCUCCGGGCAGGCCGCGGAACUUCUCGCCACGCACC